GGGUUCCGAGCUUGGCGCGGAGUUGUUCAGGGCAUCCCGACUGCUGCGUGGUGGGCGGCAUGUCUCGGGCGAAUGGGGACGCGCGUGGGGACACGGGGGGAGACGGCACUGCUGCUGCCGGCCCCUUCAGCUUCAGCCCGGAGCCCACGCUCGAGGACAUCCGCCGCCUCCAUGCGGAGUUUGCUGCUGAACGAGACUGGGGCCAGUUCCACCAGCCUCGGAACCUCCUGCUGGCCUUGGUGGGGGAAGUCGGGGAGUUGGCGGAGCUCUUUCAGUGGAAGCCUGAUGAGGAGCCUGGCCCCCAAGCCUGGCCCCCCAGGGAACGGGCAGCCCUUCAAGAAGAGCUUAGUGACGUCCUCAUCUACCUGGUAGCGUUAGCAGCCCGCUGCCAUGUGGAUCUGCCCCAAGCGGUGCUCUCCAAGAUGGACCUCAACCGUCGGCGCUACCCAGCACAUCUGUCCCGCGGCUCUGCCCUCAAGUAUACAGACUUGCCCCAUGGGGCCACCUCUGAAGACCAAGCUGUGGGGCCUGCAGACCUUGACUGUGAGUCCACAGGCCAGGCCUCAACCUAGAAACACGGGCACAGGACUUGCAACUCAGCAUGGCAUCUGAGAAGCAGAGAGUGGCCUGGCCGUGGGACCUUGUUCUAGUCUUUUCCUAACAGAUCAGGGGCCUGGGGGCCCUACUUCGUAAGGUCUGAGGCCCAAGAACCUCCAGAAGACAGCCUCCUGGUAUUUUUCACUCUCAAUAAAAGUUUUGGUUAGCAA